AUUCACACAAAACAUUCCGUCUGAGCAAGUUCUUCCUGUGGAUUUUAACCCCCCAAAAAAAAAACAGUGUCUACUGUGCUACCUAUUCUGUGCUAUAUACAUUGUGCUUCCACCCCUUCCCCCCUCGCAUUCGUGUGAUUUAUCUCAAGGAUUAAAAAGGACCUCCGUGGGAAUUUUUUUUAAAAAUUGUUUCGCAAGUGUUCAAGAACUUUUGAGAAAAAAAAAUGCUGCGAUUUGUUUGCUUGCUGGUGUGUGUGGCCAAUGCUUUUGGUGAUGUUGGAAUUGGGAAGAAUCAGUAUUUGCCACCAGACAGGGGCUACAGCUAUGACAAACCCAAUCUGCCCUUCCCAUCUGGACAGAAUCCCACGCAAGUGCCCUUCCCACGACCUCCAGCACAGCCACAGCAGCCCCGUCCGCCAGCACCUCCGCGACCAUACCAGCCACCAGCUGAAGAUCAUCAUCACCAUGAACCAGGGAUGCCCUUUGAAUUCUCCUACGCCGUGAAUGACGUCCCAACACAAAAUGACUACUCCCACAAGGCCGUGAGCGAUGGUGACGUGACACGCGGGGAAUACCGCGUGGCAAUGCCCGAUGGCCGUGUUCAGGUUGUCCGUUACACAGCAGACUGGAAGAAUGGCUACAAUGCCGAAGUCACGUACGAAGGUACCCCAACCUACCCAUCAGGCCCCUACGGACAGGCGAGCAACGACCAAGGCUAUAGAUACUAAAAUAAGGCAAAAAAAGAAAGCAAUAAGUGUUCAUUUUCUGGUGAACAAACGCUGUGUUAAAUGAGUGAAAUGUCGCGCGUAGUUGUUAAAAUCAAAAAAAAAAAAUAAAUCAGUGGCCAAACACUCAAGACAAGUAUUAUUUGUAAAUGUUAAGAAGUUUAAAACUACUUCUGUGCCCCUUAAAACCCUUUGUGCUCUUGUAUGGCAAUUUAUGUACAGAAUGAAUUUGUAUUUCAUUGUAAUGUUAAUUAAUAUUGUAAUUUAUAGUAAUUUUUACAUUGAUACAAUAAAAAUGAACAUUUCAUAUCAUUGAA